GGAGCGGCGUUGCGGAGAAUUUUAACCAAUAGAGAGUGGAGACCGGCAGGCAAUGCAAAAUGUCUUCCAGUAAGAGGAGCGAAGGGCGAGCCUUUCCUCUUUCACUGGCUUUGCCUAAACCUCCCGGAGCGGGCCAAUGAGAUCGGAAGCAGAGCCAAGUUCAACCAACCAGAGAGCCGAAUUGAUCUCGGCCCGUUACCGGGGCGGGGCGGGCAGUCCCCAGGCCAAUAAGGCCUCGCCAGGGGACGGCCCCAGAACCUUCCAAUGCCGGGCCUGGGCGGACUCUAGCUCUCCCAAUCGGUGCACGACGUUGGUAAUUCAAACUGACAGCCGGUGGAAAAGGCCGAGACAGCGGAAGAAGGAGGAAAACCGAGGUGUUUGGUGACACGGCGCCGACUGAGCCCCAAAAGCGACCUCUGCCCCGCUCCACCGCCACCCCCGCGCUUUCUCGAGCGGCCGCUCGGGGGAGAUCUGAGGGGACGACGGGGGGCCACGAGGGAGAGCUGAGGGGAGGCAGGACACGAGCUAACGGCGCGAGAGCGAGCACGCUUGGGCUCGCGGACGGAGGAGGAUCGCGGGAGAGAGAAAGGACUGAGGACCAGGGAUCAACCCGGUGGAAAAAGCUGAGGGGAUUUCUGAAUCCGGGAAAGAGGAGGAAGAUCUCCACAGAGCAGGCGUGGCUGGGGUCCCUGAGCCCGCUCUCCGAGAGCGGAGUCGUAGCGCUCCCAGGGAGGGGCGUAAUGCUGGGAGAGGGGACGUUCCAAGGGGAGACGCUUUAAAUAAGAGAGACUACCAGAGACGAUUAAGGGAUCACUGAAGGGGCGGGAGCUGAAGAGUAGGGCAUCCUUUUACAAGGGAGAAAGGGAAAGCUGUAAAGGACUUCCCUUGCAGCUCGCCUCCUCCCGGCUUCAAACUGCACUCCUUUCCCCGAAAGUUCAAAAGGAAAGCCAAUUUUGCUGCUUCUCCCUGUUCCUACUCAAUAAAUAUUACUUUUACUCUCCCAUCGGGAAAACAGAAAAGAACUCAUUUCCUUCCCAAUUUCAGGACUUUAAAAAAAAAAAAACUCAAGGCCUAACAACUUGACUUUCAGUUUGAGUGAAUCAAAGUAGGAAGGGUCUUGCUCUUGUUUCCUUUUUCAAAAUCCCACACCUCGUCCUUUCUGGGACGCCAUGUCAACCAGCAGUUGUAGUUUCAAGGACCGGUGUGUGUCCAUCCUGUGUUGCAAAUUCUGUAAACAAGUGCUCAGCUCUAGGGGAAUGAAGGCUGUUUUGCUGGCUGAUACUGAAAUAGACCUUUACUCUACAGACAUCCCUCCUACCAAUGCAGUGGACUUCAUUGGAAGAUGCUAUUUCACUGAAAUCUGCAAAUGUAAACUGAAGGACAUCGCAUGUUUAAAAUGUGGGAACAUUGUAGGUUAUCAUGUAAUUGUUCCAUGUAGCUCCUGCCUUCUCUCCUGUAACAAUGGACACUUCUGGAUGUUUCACAGCCAGGCAGUUUAUGACACCAACAGACUAGACUCCACUGGUGUAAAUGUCUUACUUUGGGGCAACUUGCCAGAGAUAGAAGAGAAUACAGAUGAAGACAUGGUAGACAUCUCAGCAGAGGAGUACAUUAGAUGAAUGGGGUUACGGUAUACAGAAUGUUCAAACCUUUUCCUAUUUACAAUAUAUAUUAAUGGAUGAACUUUAAAAUUGUUAGUAAGGAUUUGCCAGUGAAUUUUUUAAAAGCAAAAAGGGGGUAUUUGUUGAUUUAUUUAUUUACUGUUUCAAAUUACUGACCUCCAUUUAAUCUGAGCCAUUGCAGUUGUUCUGUCCCUCUAUGUCUGCUUCUUCCUCUCCCCUCCCCCUUGCCCAGCAUAAGUGUAUUCUUAAUUCAGAUAGAAGACUAUUUUACAUGUCACUGGCUACCUCGUCAUCUGAGAGUUUUUCUUAUAACUUGAGACCAGAUACCAUUAAUUUUACAUUCCUGUAUGAAAGAGCACUAGUGCCCACAAAUAUAUCAAGCACAAUAGAUCAAGCUCAACUCAGUAUUAACAGGGGGUUUUAAACAGAAGCUGUUAGGUUUCCAUGAAUACUGCUUGUCAUAUAUUAUAUUGGUGAUUAAUAUGGAACAAGACUUUGUGAAUCAGCAGGUAGGAUAAAUCAAAACUUUAAAAUGUGUGGAGGAAACCUCUUGAUUCCUCAGCAUGAUGUUAGGUCAGAAAAUUAUCAGUGUAUACUGUUUACCAAUGUUAUUUAUUUACAUUCUUCUAAAGCCAUUAUGGAUAUUGUAUUAUGAAAGCCAGAUAAACUAAGCCUCCAUCUUUAAAUUAUCCUAUUCCCUAGGACUUCCUGUCUCUGUAAAUAGUAUUCUAGGUGAGUAGUUCAGGCUCAUCCCUUAAAGAGAAAAAAACUAAAGAAGUGGUUUGCUUAAGCUAUUGCAUGUUAAAAAGAAUUUUGUUCUUUUAUUUCUUUAAAGCUGGAUUCAGAGUCUUACAGGCAUAGAAAAACUGGGAUGGUGUUGGAUUCCGGUUUUCUGUAAAGCUAAAAUCAAUUUAUCUCAUUAGCUAAUAUCUCAACUGUAUGCAUUUUGUCCAUAGUGAUACCAAAGCAGACUGAGCUGUGGUUUUAUAAAUAAAGUCUGUUCUAAAAAUGAUCAGCUUUCCUUUAAUUUUUCUUAUACCCACUUUCUUUACCUAAAAAUAUGUAGUAUAUAAAGUAUAGACAUAAGAGUUAACAUUUGUUGAGUGCUUACCAUGUGCCAGAUGCUGUUCUAAGUGCUUUACACACUUAACUCACUUGUUCUGCACAACAAAUCCAGGAGGUGUAGGCACCACUGUUAGUCCUUUUUUACUGAUAAGACAGCUGAGGCAUAGAGCGGUUAAGUAUCUGGUCUAAGGUCACAUAACUGGUAAGAGGUGUGGUUAGAUUCAAACUCAGACUGACUGACUUCAAAGUUUCUGCUUUUAACCUUUGUGCUACCCCCCUGACCACCUCAGGACAUGAAAUCAGCUAUGAUCUUACUUAGUCAGGAUACAUGCUGAGUAACCUCAUAGUUAUGUACACUAGGUGAGGGCAAGAGUGACUGACGGAUUUCAAGACUGAACACACUCAUGCUGGAUCUUAGGGUGAAAGUGGACUAUAGACAUUUGACAGACUCAUUUGCUGUAAACCAGGAUCAAAGGUGCUUCAGGAGAUGCUGUUACUAGACCUGGAAAACUUUCCCAAGCCUUUUACACCAGCACUGACAGAAGGUCACCAAAAAACCCAAAGGGAUGAGUGUGGAAUAAUUGGGUUUUGGAUUCGAUUUGUUUCUUUAACCUCUCUUAAGUAUUUUCUGGAACAAGGUAAGAAUAAUGAAUAAAAUAAAAAAUAAAUUGUUACUAUAUUAUGGACUUCUUCAGUUAACUUAUUCAAUUAGAGAAGGAAAGUUCAGUGCUAGAGCAGAGAAUAUGACACGUUUACAAUUCAGCAGAGUUCAUCUGGUUUCCGUUCAGCUCAUGCCUUCAAAGGCUUGGGUUGGCUCCGGGGCUCUUUGAAGAACGAAAGCAAGACAGAGGUGCACUGAUUGAAGCAAGCCUCAAAUGUUAUUCCACUCCAGCCGGAGAAUAUUUUAAACUACUCAACUACCUUUUGGCUGUGUUAUGGGAAAGCCAAUUCUAAGCAGAAAAAUGGAUUAAUAAUGUUUUAUCUAAAGAAAUACAUCUAUGACCUUGUUUUUUAAUAAAAGCAAAUUAUAUGCACUUUGGUAAAGACCAAAAGCAGAAUCACAUUUGUGGAUUGAGCAUACUUGAAGCCCUACCAUACUUCCCCCCACAAAAAAAAAAAAACCGUUGCAGUCAAGUCGGUUCCAACUCAUAGCGACCCUAUAGGACAGAGUAGAACUGCCCCAUUGAGUUUCCAAGGAGUGCCUGGUGGAUGUGAACUGCUGACCUUUUGGCUAGCAGCCACAGCACUUAACCACUAUGCUACCAUACUUCCUAGCCCUAGAAAACCCACCUAUGCUUUGGUCCUCUUCUGAUAUUUAAUUUAAUUCAACAACCCUGUAUUGUGCCCCUAUAAUGUGUCAGGAGCUUAACAACGGCAGGGCUCACGCUUUCCUUCAAGGAGUUCACAGUGAGGUGAAGAGGAAAUAGACUUCUGUGAGGCUUCCUAAUUGAUCGCGUUAAGUGAUUUCACAAAGGCAUGUUUAAAGUGUUAUGACUCCAUGGAUGAAAAAACCAUCAUUCUGAGCAGAAAGAGUGGGAGCUGAGAAAGCUACAGAGAAGAAAUGAUAUUUGAGCCAUGCUUUGAAGCACAGGAGUUUACCAUCUGGGAUGAGAGUUCUGAGCAGAGAAUAGGAUUAACAAAUGGAUGGGAGUUUAAAAGUAUCUGGCGUUUAUUUGUGACAUUAUAAGUGGCUCCCCAUGCCCUCUAAGAUAUAAUGAUAAGAAGUAGAGGAUGACGCUAAAAAGGAAGGUUGGGAUCAUGUUGUGAACACUAUUCUGUGUGAUAGCAGCGAUAAUGACAUUUAGGAAGAUGACUCUGAAGGUAACAUGUCACUGCGUUCAGUUUUCCUGGUGUCCUUUCCUGGACGUGUUUAACAGCUCGAUCCAGAAAAUUAGAUUUAUUGCCUCACCCUAAGAACACAUACAGGCCUUAAGUUCCGUGAAUGUCUUGUCCUCUGUGGGACACCAGUCUUUAGGGGGCACUGCCUUUUUCCCUUUUCCGUCGUGUCAUGCCUAAAGUUCAAGGAGGGGACCGAGUCUUCAGCUCACCCACCAGGGCUUUUUCUGCUACUUUAUCUUUUUUUUUCCCUUGGAGCAGUUUCUCAGCCUCCAACUCAGGCUUUGUUGGCACAUCUUGGGUGGGAUCUAAUCUUAAAGCCAUAAUAUUCUGAGUAAUCUCUGGCUCUGAAAUCUGGGCCUUUAAAUAUUAGUAAUCCAGAGAGAUUGCCUGAUAAAAAGCUGCUCUUUUGACCUCUGAGUCACAUGCGGCUGAUUAAGAAUAGCCUGCACCGCUUUCCUCUGGGUGAGGAGGAAGUGGCCGUGAUAGACAAACCACGAUACAUAAAAUAAUCGCCUAGAACACAAACGGAGAGGGGGAAAGCAGGAGAGGACAUGGACCAGAUCAUUCUGUUUCAGUGGCGAACGACUCCAUGUAGGCUUUCCCUACUUUAACAUUCAUGCUUAUAAAAGGAAAUAGUUUCCUUUUCUGACUUUUUUUUUUUUUUUAACUUUAAAAACAGCCUAAACCAUAGUUUCUUUCUUGCCUGGUAUUGAGUGUAUGCCAAAUCUACCCUAAACUGCACAGAUGGAAAAAAUUAGUCUAUGUCUGUGGUACCUCUGGGGUUGAAUAUUUUUAGUACUUAAAUCUUAGCUAAAGAUUCUUUCUUCCAAGACUCUCAAAGAAUCAUUUUAUUGUCAUCCAAAGAACAAAGCCCCUGAAAUAAAUAUUCAUAAUAUCAUGUGUUUGUACAUCCCUUUAUGGGCUUUCUCAUACACUUUAACCCUCAGAAUAAAUUUGGGAGCUAUCAUUCCCAUUUUACAAAUUAAGAAAGAAAACCUUAGUUCUAUUACCCAGAGAGUAAAUUUGAAGAAUCCAAACUUGAAUUUGGGUCUUCUGAUCUUACUUGAGGUCUCUUUCCUACUCUCUAAGUACGCUUCAAACCCACCAGCUGCUCCGCGGGAGAAGAUGUGAUAGUCCACUUCCUUAAAGACUACAUACAGCCUUGGAAACCCCAUUGGGGAGGUUCUACUCUGCCCUACAGGUUGCGACUCCACAGCAAUAGGUUUUUGUUCUUUUUUUGGGGGGGGGGAGGGUUAAGUACUCUAAAUUGAAGUCCAUUUUUUCCUUACCAGCUGUAAAACUUAGGACAAACAUUCUUUGACUUUCGACAUCAAAGCCUAGCUACUUUCGUUAAUUAAUCCAUUGAACAAGUAUUUAUUGAAUGGCUACUGUGAGCAAAGCAGAUGCUGAAGACACAGAACUAAUAAGACACAGUCCCUGCUUUCAUGUGGGGUUAGCAUUCUAGUUGAGGGGGAGGAAGAAAGUGAGCUAGCAUUUAUUGAGGACCUCCUGGAUGCCGGGCACCAUUCUAAGUGCUUUAAAUGGAACAAUCCUAAGAAGUAGGUCCAAUUAUUAUCCUCACCAUACAGAUCAGGAAACUGAGGCAUAGAGAGAUCAAAGAGCUUGCCCAAAUUCACACAGCUAGUAAAUGGCAUCUCUCUAAGAUUUGGGGGAGCUAGAAUUAAUUAGCUUAAUGAAUAUGCUUCCUUUUUAUUUUUCACUGUAGUUGUCUUCCAUUCAAAUAAAGUCAGGUUUUCCUGUACGUAUCUUUCCCUAUUAGACCUUAGUUGAUUUGCAUUCUACACUGAGAUGGGAACUAAUAGUAUCUCCCCUUUCAGAUAGGGAGACUUGGUGUGCCUAUAAAAGAUAAGAAUGCUAGUCACACGCACUAUGGAGGGAGAAAAAAACUAUGCAAAACUCAUAAUUCCCAGCUUUGUUGUACAUCUAUCUGAAAACAGAAUUUUUUUACUAGUCCAGAUUUUUAUACUGCAAGCAACAAAAGUUUACUAAAAAGUAAAUAAACCAAAAACCAAAUAACAAUUGUCAUGGAGUCAAUUCUAACUCAUGGUGACUCCACGAGUGUCAGAGGAGAACUACUCCAUAGGGUUUUCAAUGGCAGAUUUUUCAGAAGUAGAUCUCCAGGCCUUUCUUCCCAGGAUCCUCUGGGUGGACUCGAACUGGCAACCUUUUGGUGAGCAGCUGAGCACUUACCCAUCUGCACCAUCCAGGGUAAAUACCUGUUCUUUAAACCUUUGGUAUGUCUCAAAUAUUUCAUAAUAAAAAAGUAAAUUUCCACCUUUUGCAAAUUGCUCCAGUCUUGACCUUCCUUAUAAGCAUGUAUUUCCAAUCUACUUAUAUUAGAAUUUUGGAAGCUGCCACACCUUAAAUGAACACUAUUGAAUCUUCAUAAAAAGAUUAUGUAUUUAUUGUGAGAGAAGCAAAAACAGGUAUCGAAUGCAUGUUGAAAAUUUGCCUUUUGAGACUUCUAGAAGAGCGUGUUGACAAAUAUCUAAAGACUGAUUGGAUCUGCCAAAUAUGGGCACCAUUGAAGUUUGCCCACCAGAAUGCAGCUCUACACAAACCGCCAUUCACACAACCCACUCCCUCUGAGAAGGGGCCCAUGGUAAGAGUGGGCAUAUGGGAAUGACUCACUUGGGGAAAGCUAUACCCAGAAUACCACAACAGCUUGCUUUCUGUCUAUAUCCUUGCCAUGAUUUUUCUACCCGGAGGAACCACCUGCUCUUAUGGCUGUGACACCUGAAAAGCUUUCUGUAUAUUGCAGAUUGCUCAUGCGUGGGUGGAUUUUCAGGCUGUUCAGUGGUAUUUUUAAAGAUGGCUCUUUAGGGGAAAUAUUCUCAGAGACUGGAACAUUGCCUUUUCUUAUCAAAAUUGCUCUGUAGUCUUGUUCACAAAUACCUUAAAACAUUGAGCUACAGAUGGAAUUCAGUAGAAGACAUACUGAGCUAAUUUCCUUUUGUGUGAUGUUACCUAGAGAAAUCAAGCUGUCAGUAUCCUGAAGGACAAGUCCUCAAAGAGAGAUGGUAGCCAAAGCCACAGGAAGCAGGAAUGAUUGAAGAGCUUACCCUUCAAUAGCUUCUCCCCAUUCUCCCAAAUUCUUUUCUAAUAAAAACUUAUUACAAAACAAAAACAAACAAGCAAAAAAAAAAAA